AUGACCCCAACAGUCAUUGCAGAUUCCGACGGAGAUGAGUCAGACACAGGUUCUGCCACCGAACUACCAGAAGUUGUUGCAGUGGAAAAGUCAGCCUCAACUACACACCCGUCUGGUUCCACGGAUCCAACAUUUUUCAGGAGCGUGUUCAAGGAGCAAAGUGAUGCAGCAAAGGAACAUGCUGUAAGGCACCACCAAACAGAAGAAGCAGAAGACGACAUCAUGGACCCAUCGUCAUUCGACAAUGGCUUUCAGCAGACUAGGGGCACCGUCCAUGAUAAGAGUCUCUGGGACGUGCCUAGCAGUCCUGAAUUUGAACAGCCGUCUAGGCGAGCCAAGAAAACAGAUGGCUCUUCAAACACUAGGACCAAAAUCACGAGAGGUUUACGACGACGACUGGAUGAUAUAGGAUAUGUCAGUCAGGAGGAUGAACCAACCGGGACAGUAACAACGCAAAGCAGAAAGAAGAGACGUGUCGAAAGAGAUGCGCCCUUGGAUGAUUUGGUUUCGACUGCGCCUAUUGAUAGUGACCCGGCGUUCAUGGUCGCCCCGACGAUGCUGACGACUAGUCAAAGGGAAGAGUAUGUGUCAGUCAAGGCUGGUGCAUCGAGCCCUGCAGCAAAACCAUUGGAACAGCGAUGCAUAAACGUCAUGUCUAGUGGGACUGCUACCAAUCUGAAUACACCAAGGACAACUGUCGCUCCUUCGUAUGAUGCGGCACCUGAUAUCAAGAGCUCAAAGUCUGAUCGGUUGAAACAAGUACGUGGACUACGGAACUCGUUGCCAGAUGAAGCUGCGGUGUCUACAUCAGCUCCAGAAUCGAAUUUAAGCACCAAAAAGGAGAAGUCCAGUUCAACGGCGAAGUCACACAGGGUCAUCAAUGCAUCAGAUGACGAGAGUGGACUGGGGGAAGACGAUCAGCCACCUGAGACAACUAAAGAUGAUGACGGCUCCGACUUUGAGGAAACAGCAAACCCCGUUGAGAAGAAGAAACAAAGGGGCCGCCCGAAGAAAGAAAACACAGCAACGCCAAAGAAAAAGGUCGUAGAGACAAAGGCUAAGAAGAAGCGUGGGCGACCGAAAAAGUCUGACGCUGCUGUCAAACUUGAUGAAAACGGCGACGUUCAAGAAAUUGCGCAAGUUCCCCCUGAUCCAGCGCCUGCAGAAUCAGAUAUGAUACAGCAUACAGAUACCAAAACUGAAGAAGCAGAGCAAACGAUCGUCUCUCCUGCCAAGGAAAAAAGCAUAACCGCCGCCAACGCACUGCUGGACAAAACACCACAAACGCCAACUUCAGAUAUGAAAGACGGUGCGGACGUCAAUUCUUCCAAGAAACCCUCCAGCAAGGCACUAUCUGCAUCAAGCGGAGAUUCUGGUCGGCCCUUGUACCGUGUUGGGUUGAGCAGGAACAUGAGAAUAGCACCGUUGUUAAAAGUGAUCCGCAAAUGA